UGCUCACAAAAACGUAUCACUGAGAACAAUUAAACCGAGACUGAUUUAUUUUAAUGAGAUUUGCGGUAUGUGCACAUGUGUGAGACGUCAGUACACCUUUGGGAUGCCGUCCGCGGCAGUUUGUUAUUUUUUUCUAGGCGCAAUUACCGCGUUUUUAACGAUUUCGGGGGUGUUUCGAGGACAAGACCAACGUUUGCCGUCACAAGAUGGCCGGACCUAGGCUUGGUGUCAGUCCGAUUGCUUUGCCAACCCCCCUCCCGCUGUGCACGGAACCCCCCGUAAACGUCCAAAGGCUUUCAUUCUCGCUUCUCUUCUCUCGUUCUCUCUCCGUCGCGCCGUCGGUUGCCUGUACGUGCAGUUACAACGCGGCCGGAUGCACACUGGAAAAAUUAGUAACGUUGAUUACUCAUUUCGGUGGGUUUUUUGUGUAUGGGCCGAACUUUCGAGCCUGUUCGGGGAGUGUUCUCGUGUGUUUUGUCCUCCAAGUCGGCUUAUUUCGGCGAGAUAACCGCCAAACGUGGUCCCCGUUUAGGAAUAUCCAUUACGCUUUGACGUCUACUGAGGUGUACAAAAGUGACAUACAUAUUUGUAAGUCUGUAGCUUUGGCAAGAAUGAAUUUCAGGACCGUAUUCGUAUGUGGAUACUUUUAAGUGAUUGGGACUUUUGAGAAUAAAAUGUACGAAGGACAGAUAAAAGAUGUUUAUUGGAAAAUGAUUAUAGUAUAUCUGGGAUUUAUUGAUUACAAGGUAUGUGUUUCAGAUGUCCCACAUGUCGCACCAAAACCUCUGUAUUGAAUGGCUCUUUUUUCGAAGAGGUCAAGUUAGACAUAGGUGAUAUAAUAUUCCUAAUGUGGACAUGGGUCUGUGAGACACGAGCUGGAUGUGCAUCAAUGAUGCUAGGGCUUCGCCUGGCAACCGUUACGAAAAUGUUCAGGAAAUUUAGAGAAAUAUGUUCUUGGGAGCUAGAAAGAAAUGACGAUUUCGUUUAUGGUGGCGAUGGACACAUUGUCCACAUCGACGAGUUCGUCAUCAACAAGCCAGUACAAAUUUCCGGUCACAAACACCCCGAAAAAUGGAUUAUGGCCAUAUACGAUGCGACGGCUGAACGUGCACAUCUCAUAUAUAUUCCCGAUAGAGACGCAGAAACAUUGGAAUACAAUGUUUUGAAGUUCGUGGUACCUGGGUCAGAGAUAUGGACAGAUAGUUGGAACGGUUAUUCUGGAUUAGCUCAUCUUGGUGGUGUAUCUCCUUACAUACACAAGAAAAACUUAGACUCAGGCGUCAAGCAGAUGGACGUGAGCCCAGGUUAUAUUGAUGGACUUAAAGGUUCCUUGAAGCAGUUCCUCCGGCGGUUGGUGACCGUCUCGUCGCCUGGAAUAGCGGACUAUGUGGACCAGUUUGUAUGGUGGGGAGUGUAUGGAAAAACUCCCGCUGAAAGAUUCCGCAACCUUGUGCAGCAAAUUAGUCAGAAAUCUGCGUUUCAGUUGAGUAAAAUAUAAAAAGUAUAGUUUUUUGUUUUAGUUUUCCCUUCUGAAUUUUUAUUUCGGAGAUUAUUUGAUUGUUUCAACGGAUAAUGAAGAAUAAAAAAAUAAUCCAAUUCUUCUCGAUGUA